AUGUCAAUGUUCAAUGAUACCAGAGUCAAAUCUUCAGUUUUCCUACUCACAGGGAUCCCUGGGCAGGAAGCUGCCCACAUCUGGAUUUCUAUCCCUUUCUGUUCCAUAUAUGUUGUUUCAAUGGUAGGCAACACUGUCAUUCUGUUCAUUGUAAAAACUGAUCCAAGCCUUCAUGAACCCAUGUACAUUUUCCUUUCCAUGUUGGCCCUCACAGACCUUGGCUUAUCGAUAUCCACUGUACCAACUGUGAUGGGCAUAUUCUGGUUUAAUGUCCAAGAAAUCAGCUUCACAGCCUGUUUUACUCAGCUGUUCUUCAUCCACGCACUUUCCUUCAUUGAAUCCUCAGUGCUUCUGUCAAUGGCCUUUGACAGAUAUGUUGCCAUCUGCAACCCACUGAGAUAUGCCUCCAUCUUAACCACCCCAAGAAUAGCCAAAAUGGGACUGGCCUUCAUGCUAAGAGGGGUGCUUCUCAUUUUUCCACUCCCUUUCCUUCUCAAAAGGUUUCAGUACUGCAAAGCUAAUGUCCUCUCCCACUCAUACUGCUUGCAUCAGGAAGUCAUGAAGAUGGCAUGCUCGGACAUCAGGGUCAACAGUAUCUACGGUUUGUUUGUCAUUGUCUCCACAGUUGGGAUGGACUCUCUGCUCAUUCUCUUAUCCUAUGUAAUGAUCCUCAGAGCCGUCCUCAGCAUUGCAUCUCAGGAGGAGCGUCUCAAGGCCCUGAACACCUGUGUCUCCCACAUCUGUGCUGUUCUGCUCUUCUAUACACCGAUGAUUGGCUUGUCCAUCGUACACCGAUUCGGGAAGGACUUAUCCCCCGUGGUCCAGAUCCUCAUGGGCUAUGUCUACCUGCUGGUCCCGCCCCUGAUGAACCCCAUUGUAUAUAGCGUGAAAACCAAGCAGAUCCGUGCACAGAUGGUCAAGACAUUCUUCAAGUGA